GAGUUGUCGGCUGGGAAAUGGCGGCCGCUGGCUUGGUGGCGGUGGCCGCUGCUGCUGAGUACGCUGGCCCCGCAUCGUCGGGAGGCACCCUUUCCGGUGCUAACUUCGGCUCCAGCUCCGGGACUGGUCCUGGCCCUGGCCCGGCCUCGUGGAGCCGCUCCCUCGAGCGGGCCCUGGAGGAGGCGGUGGUGACCGGGGUGCUGAGCCUGAGCGGCCGGAAACUGAGGGAGUUUCCCCGGGGAGCGGCCAACCACGACCUGACGGACACCACCCGGGCGGACCUAUCACGAAAUCGUCUCUCAGAAAUCCCUAUAGAAGCAUGUCAUUUUGUUUCUCUUGAAAAUCUUAACCUGUACCAAAAUUGUAUUCGCUACAUCCCAGAGGCAAUUUUAAAUCUACAAGCUCUAACGUUCUUAAAUAUUAGUCGGAACCAGCUGUCAACAUUGCCAGUACACUUGUGUAAUUUACCAUUGAAAGUCUUAAUUGCUAGUAAUAACAAAUUGGUCUCACUUCCAGAAGAAAUUGGACAUCUCAAACAUUUGACGGAACUUGAUGUGAGCUGCAAUGAAAUUCAAACUAUACCUUCCCAAAUUGGUAAUCUGGAAGCUUUGAGAGACCUUAAUGUGAGAAGAAAUCACUUAGUACGUUUACCUGAAGAGCUGGCAGAAUUGCCUUUGAUACGGUUAGACUUCUCAUGCAAUAAAAUUGUAGCCAUCCCUAUUUGUUAUAGGAACCUCAGGCACCUACAGGUGAUCACCCUAGAUAACAACCCACUGCAGUCACCUCCUGCACAGAUAUGUAUCAAAGGCAAAAUCCACAUAUUUAAAUACCUAAACAUACAAGCUUGUAAGAUUGCUCCAGACCUCCCAGAUUAUGAUAGGAGACCCUUGGGUUUUGGCUCCUGCCAUGAAGAACUGUAUUCCAGUCGUCCCUAUGGAGCCCUUGAUUCUGGUUUCAAUAGUGUGGACAGUGGGGACAAGAGAUGGUCAGGGAAUGAACCUACAGAUGAAUUUUCAGAUCUGCCUCUCCGAGUAGCGGAGAUUACUAAAGAGCAAAGACUACGAAGAGAAAGCCAGUACCAAGAAAAUCGCAGUAGUUUAAUAGUAACCAAUGGUGGAGUGGAACAUGAUCUAGAUCAGAUCGACUACAUUGACAGCUGUACAGCAGAGGAAGAAGAUGAGGGGAGACAACGCAAGGUUCUGGACUCAGACAGUCUCAGUUCGCAGUUUAUGGCCUAUAUUGAACAACGCCGAAUCUCUCAUGAGGGUUCAAAGCCAGUAGCCACUAGGGAGUUUCAAAAAUCAGAAGACUUGAGAAGAUAUUCGCAUCAAAACAGGGUUCCAGUUGAGCCAUCUUCUCUUUUGUCGCUGUCACCAAGUCACAAUCAGCUCUCACAUACAGACCCAGAACUUCAUCGGAGAAGAGAACAGCUAGUGGAACGCACUCGGAGAGAGGCCCAGCUUGCUGCGCUACAGUAUGAGGAGGAGAAAAUACGAACCAAACAGAUUCAGAGGGAUGCUGUGCUGGACUUCAUCAAGCAAAAAACAUCACAAAGUCCACAAAAACAUCCAUCCCCCAUAGACAGUGAGUGUCCCUUCCCAUCCAGAAGGUCUCAGCACACUGAUGAUAGUGCCUUGUUAGUGUCGCUGGCGGGGUUGAAUCAAAUGGGCUGUGCUGCUGCCUUGCCUCACACUUCUGCAUUCACACCUCUUAAGGGUGAUGACAGAUCAAAUGCCAAAUCAAGUUUGCCUACAACAGAAACAGUUCACCAUUCCCCUGCAUAUCCUCUUCCUGCUGCUACCCAGAGAAACCAGCUUCCACGCCCUGAAAGCUUUCUUUUCCGAGGAGCUGUUAGAGCCGAAACAAAUAAAGGUCAUGCCUCACCCCUUCUCCCAUCUUCUGCACCUACCACUGAUUCUACAGACUCUUUAACUAGACAGAGAGAAGAAGAGCUGAAAUUAAUAGAUCAGCUGCGGAAACACAUUGAGUACCGGUUAAAAGUGUCUCUGCCUUGUGAUCUCGGAGCAGCUCUAACUGAUGGUGUUGUUCUUUGCCAUUUGGCCAAUCAUGUACGGCCUCGAUCUGUCCCAAGUAUUCACGUUCCCUCACCAGCUGUGCCUAAAUUAACAAUGGCUAAGUGCAGAAGAAAUGUGGAGAAUUUCCUAGAAGCUUGCAGAAAAAUUGGUGUACCUCAGGAGCAAUUAUGUUUGCCUCUCCACAUUUUAGAAGAGAAAGGUUUGAGCCAGGUUGCCAUGACGGUCCAGGCUCUCCUGGAGCUUGCCCCACCCAAGCAGCAGCCACAGCAGCUCUCUGCUGUUUAAUGACAUCGAGGACCCUGGGCUGUGGCCUGGCCAAAAACAAGGAGCAGGACAACACCUCUGCUGCUGCCAGCCAGCUGCUUCAACAAAGCUCUGUGUUCUUGGAACUGUGGCCACGAGUCCUACCAGGAAUGUUUUACUUCAUUUCUCCAUUUUAGGGGAGAUUAAAUCCAUUUCCACUGAAUUUAUUUUUAUGAAGACACAGUUGGUUUUCUCAAGUGAAACUUGUCAGUGCUAAGAAUCCAACCCUGAUGCCUAAACAAGCUGUGCUUUCCUACAGUCAGCUAAUCUCCAGAGUGAACACCCUCGCAGACGGAUAGCUCUCUUGAAGGCACAGAUGUGCUAUUACCUUUACCAGUUCCCAAGACAUCUAGAGUUCCCUGGUUUCUAAAUGCUUGUGCAUUAGACUCUCCAAGAGCACUUUUGAAAAUGCUGACUCUAAAGUAGGUCCAGAGCUGGGCCUGGAAAUCUGCAUUUCCAGCAGGCACUCCAGGUGCUGUUGAUGUAGUAAAAAGACCAUUGUUCCAAGCCAGAUAAUUGGGUGGGUUUGUGGGGUGCUGCCCUUACUGCAUUUUUCAUCCACAUAUAAACCAAAGGCUACAUUAUGCUUGCUUUGAAUUUUCUAUCAGAGGCAAGACAAAAGUAAUAAUGAUAGCCUAGAUUUUGCAUAGUACAGCAGAGAAACAAACUGGCAUUUAAGGCCAGUGUUCUAGGCCUCCCUCCAAUUCCAGCUGCCUGUGCAGCAUCUUUAGCAUAGAAACAUCUGUGUGUCUUCCUGCCGUAGCAAGCACGCAUGGGCUCCCGGUGACAGGUGCUCCUCGGCUUCACAGGCAUUCCCCUGUGAGCAGCCCUCCUCUCCCGGGUAGCUCUCAGGACAUUGGACCUGCACACACACUCCAGGCACAACAGGCAGUGGCAGAGCACAGAAACAAGCAAAGGGACUGAAGGAAAAGCAAGUUUCUCAUCCUUAAGUAGCUGCCAGUUUCCUGGCUGAAUGAAGCAUGUCCUGCAUGUGAAGAGCGGGCCUCCUGUCUAUCCAGCCCUGCUUGCCUGCCCGCCGCAGCACCAACACCAGGCCUUGGGGGUCCUAGGGCCAGGGGCUCACGCAAGAGUCAAGAUCCUCUCUUCCAGUUCAGCUACAUUGGCUUCCCUUCUUUGACCCCUUUUAGACGUCAGUAAUACCUUUUGGUUUUCACUCUUUGUAAACCAAAUAAAUAGAGCAAGACACUCAUUCUAUAGGUUUUUCUGUAGUUGCUAACUUACGGAUUUCCUUUACCAAUGCAUACAUUGCCCCCCCCCCCCGGUUUUUUGUUGUUUUUUUUUAUCAUGUCAGCACAAGUAACUUCGGGUAAAAAUCAUUUUGAGUAGCUGGGCAAAAUCAUGUUUUCUCCUCCUUGCAGAGAGCAUUGCCAUUUUGUCCAAGUAUAAAAUCAUAAGACAUGAGCUCAAAGCCUAGUCCUCCAAGGGCCUCAGAACCAGACCCUGUGUACUUACACUCCCAAACACACCUGCUGGCGUGGAACUGAUUUAGAACUUAGUUGUGUAUAUUUCUCUAGGUAUUUUUCCUUCUAGUCACAGCCAUCUCUGAAGAUUUUAACAUAUUUGUGAGGAAAUAAGUCCAGAACAUAUUACAUAAUGCUACACUUGUAAAUUUUCCAGUGCAGAAAUGGCAACUUCUUUCAAAAUGUGCACAUAAUAUUAAAUCCUAUUGUAUUUUUAUCAAAACUAGUUCAAAUUUGAAUUGUUACCCCAAAAAAGGUGUACAUUUUGGCUGUUAGUGAAGG